AUGACGUAUCCCGUAAACUGGUCAAAAAAUCUUAUUAGAAUUCAGACGGGCGAGCGCGGCUACCUGGAGGGGCUGGCGUCGCGCUACGCCGACCUCUACCGCACGCACUACGGCGACGUGCUCGACCACCUGGAGGAGCUGCGGCGGCGCGAGUGGGCGGAGAUGAGCCCGCGCAUGCGCGGCGCGGGGCUGACCAGCUCGCAGUCGCAGCCGCUGUACGUGCCGGGCAAGUACUCACCCAGCAGCUGCCUCAGCGACAAGGAGGAGGACGAGAUCUACGGCUUCGGCUACGGCGUCUUCGGCCGCCACAUCGCGCAGGCGCAGCGCCGCGCGCAGCAGGCGCAACUGCUGCAGCAGGCGCAGACGGCCAGCGCGGCCGGGGGCGGCAGGCUUCCCCGAAUGGCCCUACCCACGUUCUCCCUCUCACCCUCAUCGCUUCCUGUGAAGUCCCUUUUCCUCGUCCGCCUCGCCGCCACGCCGCGCGUCAACCGUGGCCGCCUGCGCCACUCGCCGGAGCCCUCGGCCGACCCUGCGCCCUGCAGCGAGAGCAGAUGUUUGCCCUCCGACCCCUCGCCCUCGCCCUUCGCCCUUCGCCCCCGCGUCCGCGCCCUUUAG